CUCCUUUUUUUUUUCCCCCCCUCCUCAGCUUGUCCCCGGUACACCAAUACAAGUUGCGAAGACUGCCUGAAAAAUGUCACCUGUCUCUGGUGCACCAGCAGCAAGAAAUGUGUGGAGUAUCCUGUCAGAAGCAUUCUCCCUCCCAGCAGUCUCUGUGAGCUGCGUUCUGCCCGAUGGGGAGUCUGCUGGGUGAACUUUGAAGCCUUGAUCAUUGCAAUGUCUGUGGUGGGAGGAGCGAUUCUUCUUGCCCUGGUCGUUUGCUGUUGCUGCUGUUGCAAGAAAAAAAGCAAAAAGCCAGACAAGGAUGAUGAAAAAGCUGCCAGAGAGCGGGAGAAGAGGAGAGUACGGCAAGAGGAGAGGAGAGCAGAGAUGAAAUCUCGACAUGAUGAAAUCCGGAAAAAAUAUGGCUUGUUUAAGGAAGAGAACCCAUAUGCCAAAUUUGAAAACAAUUAAUGGAUCACCCUAAAGCUACCAAGCAGCACUGAACUAUCCUCUUCCUUGGACACACAGAACUGUACAGCACAGAGGUGGAACACAGGAUACAUUUCAGGCACCAAAAAGAUUGGACAUGUGCUCCACAGAGCCUUGUCCCAACCUCUGGAUGAAGCCAGCUGAAAUUCCAAUGAGCUAUUGAAACCAGCAGAGCUGCAUUGCACCCCACUUGUUUUACCUCAGACUUUCCACUGCUGCCCAUAGUGUGCAGCACUUUGUAUCUGAAGUCCAUUUAAUUUUUGCUGCUUCUGUUCUGUGCAAGACUCAUGGCAAUAACUUUCUCUUUGACUGUUAAUAGGUACGUAGGCAGUGUUAUUUCCACCACAGUUCUCUCUCUUGCCCAACUUGUUUUAGACUGAAUUAGCAAGCCAAGGCAGCAGUAUAUUUGCUUUGAUCUUCAAUAAGCAAUAUUGCAAGGAGCAGAUUAUCUUUACAGUCCUUUGCUUGAUAAAUACUUCAGAUCUGUGAGCAGAGCUGUUUAUCUUCAUGUUCCUUUUUUAUCUGAAACAUGAGAUGGUGUCAACUCUUUUUCAAAGGCUAGAUUGAUUGAUUGAUUUGGACAACUUGCUCGAAUUGAAGCCUUGGGUACUUUUUUUUUUCUAAGUGACAGAGCUGGACAGUCUUAACUGUGUAGUGUUAGUAUUGUUUCAACACACUUCUCUAGUACUGAGGACAUGGGGGUGGAAUUAAGAUCAUACUUGCACUUUUUUUUCCUCUCCUUUUUUGGAAUAGAUGUUCCUUCUACUUCCAGAAUUCGUCUCGUGUAGAUGAGUUCCUUAAUCUUCUACCUCUGCUCUGUGCCUUUCUAUAACCUCUUGUAAUUCAAGACUGAAAGCAGCCAUUUAAGACUUGGGUAUUGUGAGCCUAUGUUAGACACAUGUUAGUAAAAAAAAAUGUAAAGCCUUGGCAAUAUUGAAGUGAUUACUGCUUAAGUCUGAACAAAUGAAUUCUGCUUCAGUAUGAAGCAUAGUUUGAUUUGACACAUUGCUUCAGCUAAAAUAUUGUUUUCAGUAACGUGUAAUCUAUAAUGGAAUAUUCUAAUAACCAAAUAGGUUAAGUGAGAAAGUGGUACAGAAAGGACAGUAUAGCAUGGUAAGACAACUAGCAGGCUCCCACAUGGCCUGUACUUCCUGGGGUAUGGAAAGACUGUAACUCUGUGCUCGAUGACCUGAGCCAGGUUACUCAAUGCACAAUUAAUCCAUAUUUUAAACGUCACAGGAAUGUGGAAAGGGUGGAUUAACAAACAGCUGUAAAGGUUUGGGGGGGGGGGGUUGUUUUUUUUUCUAAAACACUAGAACAUGGCAAAUGACACUCAUCCCUGACAGCAGAAUGCAGGCGGGGCACUUGAGCCCUCUGGGCACAUGGAGCAGUUGCAUUCCACUGUUCCUCUGGACCAUGGGCUCAAGUGCACUUGAAGUUGAAGAGGAACAUAUGAUAAUCCAGACUAAACAUAGCCGUAAAAAGUUCUGAUGGUUUAAACUUCUUGCACCAAAGUGAAGCCUGUCUGCCUUGCAGAGAAUGGAUGUUAAAAUCCAAAAUGUGGGAAGUCUUGAAAAUGUAACCUGAUUGGAAUACUGCACAGUGCCUGGGAUGGAAGCAUUGCUGUGGGCUUCCUUGGAAACACUUUGCUAUAACUUCACAUUUUUAUGGCACUUUGGUCUCUUAAGACGUGCACAGUUUUUAAAAUGAGAAGCCUUUUGAACUGAACUCUGAACUUUAAAAAAAAAAAAAAAAAAAAAAAAAAGUUAUCUCUACAGGAGAGACACUGUUUUUUAUGUUGAUUUUUGGAGAGGGGAGGGUAUCUUAAAAAGGUCAAAGCAGUGCUGAGCUGUACAGAGCACUUCAUGGUACUAUGAAGGCAUGUAUUUGCUUCCACUAAUGCUGGGCGUGAAAUCAUGAGACUGGCAAGAGAUUAAAAACUGUGCCUUUCUCCAUGCUGCACUCCUUCCAGCAGCAUACCAUUCUAGAUGAGCAAAACUAACUGAUAUGUAAAUGACUGACGUGGCUAAUAGCAAAUAAACUGAUUUAGUAA